AGCGAGCGUCUCUGGCUUCAGUAAAAGCGCAGAAGUCCAGGGCAGAGGGAGCGGUCGGCUCGAAAGCUCUCUCUUUCGGAAGCAGCAUGCCUGCAGGCGGCGAGGGGUCGGCGGCUGCUGAGCAGCAGCCGAUCAAUCGCGGCGGCGAUAGCCCCGAGACAAUGACGACCAGUGCAUCAGCGGUUACGGCCAGCUACGAGGAGUGCGCGAACGGUAACAGCACCGCUGCGACAAGUGCAUCAGCCGAGCCGACUGUCACACUGGCGGCCGACGGCCUCAGGAGGAGAAAGGUCAUACACGCGGCUAAAGAGACCCUGGACAAGGCUUCUCGUCUCCUGAGGCGCAAGAUACCAUGUACCGGCCACCUAAUGACCCCCCGCCGCCUAUGGAUCCAAAAGGUUCCAACGCAAGAAUGCGACGUCGUGAUGAUGUUCCCGAGCGGCAGCAACGACGAGACCCUGAUGUGGCUACUGGGACGACUCCGAGCAGGAAGUCCGGGACUGGUCGUGCACGUGCGUCAUCACGCGUCGUCGGACAGUUAUGGAUUCUAUUUGACAGCCCCGUUCGCGGUGCUUCUGAAAGCAGCGGAGGAGGUGCACCUACCGAAGCGGCUGCGCCAGGAGUACGGAGGCGGUCUGAAGGAAUUCGUCGGCUCGGAAGCGAUGUGCUUCGAGGGCAGCGACAACGAGAGUCUGUUUUUCACGACCCAGGAACGCCAGUCGCUGGUGCUCCACCUUUUGCACACGUUACGGGCCGGUCCCCACGACCUCAACUGUAUACCGGGCCUCAAACUUGUCGACGGCCAGGCGAUCAUUCCGAAAUGCCUGUCUUCGGGCAUCAUCUCACAGGUCUUCCCGCUGCACGAAUUGCCGGCGUUGGAGAAACUCCAGCGAACGUGGGUCCGGGCAUUUCUGAGUCCACAGCCCCUCGACGACAUUUCCAGGUACUUCGGCGUCAAGAUCACAAUGUACUUCGCGUGGCUGGGCCACUACACCACCGCCCUCAUUGUUCCAGCUGCAGUGGGUGUCAUAUACUGGGUCGGCAUCAUCGGAAGGAAUCAGGCGGUGGAAGACGUGGCCUACGUGCUGUUCUCGGUCUUCAAUGUGAUAUGGGCGACCGUCUAUCUGGAAACGUGGAAGCGCAGGGGCGCCGAGCUCGCUUACAGGUGGGGAACCCUCGAUCAGAGGGAUGAUCUGCUCGUCGAGCCGAGGCCACUUUUUACGGGGACUCUGGAGAUUUCGCCGGUGACGGGGCGGCUCGAACCGACCUAUCCGAGGUGGAAGAGAAACGUCUUUCGUUACUUCGUCAGCGUGCCGAUCGUCGCGAUUUGUUUAUUCUUCGUUUUUAUAGUCAUGAUCCUUAGCUUCCAAAUUCAGGACUGGUGGGACGGGCGACUGGAGGCCGCCGGUUAUGGAUUUUGGCUGAGCUACGUUCCAAAGGUGCUCCUCGCCGUCGUAAUCGCCCUGAUGGACGAGGCUUACUUCAAAGUCGCCGUGUGGCUCAACGACAUGGAAAAUUAUCGCCUUGACACCGAGUACGAGAAUCAUCUGAUCUACAAAGUGGCGCUGUUUCAGUUCGUCAACUCUUUUCUCUCAUUGUUUUACAUUGCGUUUUACAUCCAAGAUCAAGAAAGACUUAAAGAGCAAUUGGCAGCCCUGCUGAUAGCCCGGCAGGUGAUCGGUAACCUGAAGGAAUCGGCUGUGCCGUACUUGAUCGAGCAGCUGAGGCUGGCCCGUCUGAGCUUCGAGCUGUUCGGCGCACUGAGUCCGAGCGAGGCCCGAUCGCCACCUGGUGAAGUGCCCAGCGAGGAGAAAGAGGCAGCGGAAACGAACAACGAGGAGGACAAGGAACACAAGGCCAAACAGCCGAGGAACGUCAGCCAAGCCGAACUGGAGAGCUCGCUCUACAGAGUAGGACACCCAACUAAUUCUCUACUUAGUGACGUUGCUUUCAAGAGAAAGAAAUGCUCGAAUUUGCAGUACGACGGUGCUUUCUCCGAACACCUGGAAAUGCUGUCCCAGCUUGGCUACGUCUGCCUAUUCUCAUCCGCAUUUCCGCUGGCCGCAUUCGCCGCGUUACUGGGCAACCUUUUGGAACUGCGAGGGGAUGCCUUCAAGCUCUGCUUCGUCCUUCAGCGGCCCUUCGGCCGUCGAGUAUCGAACAUCGGAACCUGGCAGAACGCGAUGGAGGCGAUGGGUCUGGUGGCGAUUCUGGUCAACUGCGCCCUGAUCGGUCUCAGCGGACAGGUGCAGCGAAUGUUCCCGGAGAUGUCGGCGACGCAGACAAUACUGCUGAUAGUCGCGUUGGAGCACAUAAUGCUGGCCAUACGCUUCGUCAUCAUCUGCGCUAUACCGGACAUUCCGAGCUGGGUCGCCACCGAAAUGGCCAAGGUCGAGUUUCUGCGCAGGGAGGCCGUGAGGAGGCUCUCCUCGACGCCCUCGCCUACGGAUCAUCAGCCAGCGACCGUCAUAGGGAGAUUCGUGGUGAGUCCAGCAGACGGUGCGUCGGAAGAGGAUCUCCGCCAGCAACAGCAGCGCUGCGCCGAGGAGUUGGCCAGCGCUCGCUCGAGUUACCGGGGCCUCAGUCAGCCGGGCACGCCUACCGUCCCGUCGUCCAGCGCCCAGACGCCCAGCGGCCCAGGAACUCCGCACUCGCACAACAUUCCCAGGAUCGCGGAGACGCCCACCCUGCCGCCCGAGACACCCGGCAGCACCGGCAGCGGGAGCGAUCACAGCAGCCCCUUUCUCGCGGACAACGCGAGGGACAUCAGCAACAUACCCAGGGGCAGCAUUCCUGGCGGAGAGAAGGGACGAAGGCCGAGGGAUUGGCUAACGGGCGAGCAGGAGUCGUCGGGAAGCGGAGAUUACAGUCAUCAUCUGACGAUCGGCCCGCACGGCGGCGUCGACUGGGUGCGUAGGCUGGGCCUGGAGACCGGCGGCAGGAAGUCCAGCGACUCCGAAAUCAGCGGGGUGGGAACCGGAAGCAACAGCGGGGACGAGAUGGCGCUGCACAGGUCGACCGAUUGCAUCGUUUCCAAGGAGCUUGCGGCCUCGUCAGACAGUGAUCUACUUCGGUCAAUACCCCCGUGGGCGCCGUCGCCGAGGAACCAAAAGUUCCUCGUCUCGCCGGAGAAGGAGAAGAGCAAGGCCGACAAGCACCAGCACCAGCAACAGCUGCAGCAGAUACAGCAGUACCAGCUGCACCGAGACUCGGUCCAGGAGCACCGGGAUCGAGACCGACAGCAGCAGCAGCAACAACAACAGCAACAACAGCACGAGAAGGAGAAGGAAAAGGAGAAGGAACCGAGCGUCGCGUCAGACUCCAGUAGGACGGCGUCGAGUCAGGAGGAGUCCUCGAAGGAGGACCGCGAGGCCAAGAAGACCAGGGUCAAGCAGAGUCUGAUGAAGAGGGCUCGAUCUGUUGCAAUAUUUUCCCUUAAACUGAAGGAGCGAAGGGCGCGAGAGGCGGAGGUAAAGGCGAAAGAGGCCGAGAGGGAGGCACGAUGGCAGCAGCCUCAGUCGUGCGUGGGCGGCGAGCUUUCAUGCAUCCCCAUAGAGCAGCUUAUAUCCGUCGAGGACAUCGCGGCGAUGGAUAUGCGCAGGAUGAACCAUUAGUUGCCGCUGCUGCUGCUUUUUAUGUUAUCCUUAAUUCCGAUACGGCAGCGAUGCGACGCUGAUGAGCUGAUAUUGUUCCUUAGGAUAACGCGAAGAAAGCGGAUCCUCUGGGACGAUGCGAGAGAUUCUCGAUUGAAAAAAGUCUCAUAGAAAUUAUGCGUCACGCAUCAACUUUUCAUAUGCCUCUUGAGAAUCGUUUUGGAUUUUGUAAAUAAUGUGCAUAAUUGCGUUUCCUCGCGUUGAUAUGAUAUACUGUUAUAUGCCCCUUUUUUUACCAUAAUAUAAUUGUUACGUAUAAAUACGUUUCUUUUGUACAUCGACUUUAUCACUGAAUUCUCGUCGUCGUAUUAUAUACUUUCAAUAGUCGUAGGAGAGAUCCUUCUUGUCUUCGCGCGAUAUAUCACCAUCAGCAGCAGUUUCUAUAAGACUUUUUCGACUGAAAAGCUCCGUCGAAUAGAACAGAUAUAAAGAGGCACGCGACGACGUGUCCGCAAGCCAAAAAGGAUUUGAGUGCUACGCAACGAAAGAGAAUCGAGCCGGACAGUACGUUGAUGAAAAAUAUAGUUUUUCGAUUUUACGCUCUCGAAGAUUUAGGUCGUUACGCGUAGCAAUAUGAAUUAAAGCAGAAAAACGCAAAAACAGUCAGUAUUACGUAUAAUGUACGGCCUGUCCUUACAGCAGCAGGCUUCUUUGUAAUUUGGAUCAGAUACUACGAAGUAACGACACCAGCCGGAAUGAUCGUAAAGUUUUUUUCGGGCUCUUCGUUUCUGCGCGUUUCAUUUCCUCGUUUCAUCGCGAACGUCGUCGUGGGAGGGGGAAUAUAAAAGAAGAACAAAAUGAUCAAAGCCGAUUCUUUUUCAUGCGCACCAAACGUAUAAUGACUUUCUCGGUUGGAUAACCGGAAAACCGCAUUAAAUUUAUGUCAAUUAUCCUAUUUGACGCGAGAAAAAAGGACGAAUUUUUAUGGUCGGAUACGUGGAAUAAACCUACGAACACAAUGCAAUAAUGAACAAAAUAAAAACGAACAAUAUGAUAACAGUUACAGGGAAGCCCGCGGCUAGGAUAGAGUAGAAUCCAUACCAUCCACACACAGAGCAAACAAAAGCAGAUGAUAAUACAUGAGUUUGUAAAGCUCUAAUUGUCGUAAGUGAAAUGAAAAAUUUUAGCCUGUGUAUAGAACACGACACACCACCAGACACAGUUUUUUAGCAUGGAACCUAUAGUACGCUCCACCGAUGGUGAAACAUAAUUGUUAUUGUUGCUAAAUUUUAAGUUGUUACCCACUGUUGACUAGAUUUUUUGCUAAAAGAGGUCUCUGUACAGAACAUGCGACAUUUUUAAGAGAGCCGAAGGGGUUUGCGAUAAAGUCAGUGACAUGAUGUUUCUGUUAUUAUCCCUGAGGAUGUGAGUCUUGGAUCACUUUUUCGAGUGCCCCGAAAACGACUAAACGCAAGCCAUGCUUUGUAUAUUUUUCCGAUUGCAAAAUAGACGUUCCUGAUCGUUUGACGCGUAAAUGUAUACUAAUUGUUUGAAAAAUGCACAGCUGAGACGAAAACUGAAAAGAUUAUAUACGAUUCCUAAGUUCAGAUAAGUUAAAGUUUUGGCUUUUGCGAACAUACACAUGCCGCAGUCUUUUCUCGUUUCUAUCCUUCUUCCAACGCAAGCAAAAGUGCACAAGACUCAUUUGUACAGUUUCGGAUGACUUUUCCUCUGCAGUGGAUGAGAAGUCAAAAAAAAAAAUGUCAGGGAUCGCUCUGUACAUAACUAUUAGAUAAAAUAAAAAAAGCUCGUUGCAGCGGAGGCCCAUAAUUUUUGUAAAAUUCGUUGUACACGGCCUAGCACACGCGCGCUCCCCCGUCCUCGCAGUCGCUGAUGAUGAAGGUGUAUGUCGACGAACAAGGGAAACUUUUUGAGAGAUGCCUCGUACCUUAUUCAGACCAGAAGACAAAAGAAAGAAAAAAAGGAAAAUACGCACUACUCAUAGUUACUAAUUAGACGCCUCGACGAAGGUGGCGACAGCGUCGAGCAGAAACCUAUAUAUUGCACACUAUUUUAGAAUACACACACACUCACAUAAACAUUCAAUGCCUGACUCGAUGUAUAGAUGUAAAUCGAAAAUCGAUAGUUACUACUUAGUCGCUUUCUUAUUACUACAAAGAUGAGGUUCAGGCAUGUCCAUUAAGCAUAUGUGUUUGUUAGAUGUUUUGUAUAAAAGAAAAAAUCUGCUAUAAUAAAAAAAAUCAAAGAAUGUUA